UUAGAGAACUUCACAGCAGUCCGGGUAGGCUUUGCACGCGCUUACAGUCUUCACAGAUAGCCAGAUAGUCUUGAUCAUGCACGAUAGCCAUGCUGCCCAGCUUCUCUUGUUCCUGUCUCUGCUCUGCAUCGGACUGACUGCGAUCUCUGCUCACUCUGGGUUGGAGACAGAGGUGGUAAUCCCCGUAGCUCUAUUUGGAGAGGACUCUCACCUGUUGAGCGACUCGUCUUGGCGCAGCCCGCGUCGCCGAGGCCAGCGGUCUGCCUCUGCUGACCCCGCCGGAGGACCCCAAAGCGGAAGGGACGACUUAUUCCUCUCCCUGCCUGCUUUUGGAAGAGACCUGUACCUACACCUAAGGAGGGAUGACUCCUUCCUGUCAGAUAACUUUGUUGUAGAACAGAGGCACAGUGGAAAGAACACUAAACUGUCGCACCUUUCCAAGGAAAAACUAUGCUUUUACUCCGGGCGGAUUGUCAAUCAUACCGACUCUUUUGCAUCACUCAACACCUGCGGUGGUCUGACUGGACUUGUCCACACUGGAGAAGAAAGCCUCUUCAUCCAGCCUGUCAGCGUGAGUGGAGCAGCAGAUUCCUUCUCUGGUUUGGAACACAAACUGGUCCGGCACCGACGCAGCACCCAGACCGCUACCUCGGACUCUGCCUUCGCCUCGGACUCUGACUUUCCCGCUGCUGCCUCUGCUGCCUCUGGUCCGUCAGACCACCAGGCAGAGUACUGUGAGACCAUCCAAGGCAAGAGGAAGGAGAGGAAGCCCAGAGGAGGAGAGGAAGGUCGUGGGAGGAGGAAUGCUAUCCGCCUGGCGGGUGUGUUCACGGUGGAGACGGUGGUGGUGGCCGACUCUGACAUGGUCAAGUACCACGGAGCCGAGGCGGCUCAGAGGUUCCUCCUCACCGUCAUGAACAUGGUCUACAACAUGUUCCACCACAGGAGUCUGGGAGUCAAGAUCAACAUCCGCCUCACCAAGCUGGUCCUGCUGCAAACCCGCCCUGAGAAGCUGAAGGUGGGUCACCAUGGUGAGAGGGCUCUGGAGAGCUUCUGCCACUGGCAGUACCAGGAGUAUGGAGGGGCCCGUUACCUGGGCAACAACCACGUCCCCGGGGGCAGAGACGACCCCCCCCCGGUGGACACAGCAGUACUGGUGACUAGGACAGAUUUCUGCGUCCACAAAGAUGAGCCUUGCGACACAGUGGGGAUCGCCUACCUGGGAGGAACCUGCAGCUCCAAGAGGAAGUGUGUUCUAGCAGAGGACAACGGACUCAACCUGGCCUUCACCAUCGCCCACGAGCUGGGACACAAUAUGGGUAUGAGCCAUGACGAUGACCAUGCCACUUGCACAGGCCACUCCCACAUCAUGUCUGGCGAAUGGGUGAAGGGCAGGAAUCCUAGUGACCUAUCCUGGUCCUCGUGCAGUCGUGACGAUCUGGAGAACUUCCUCAGGUCUAAAGCCAGCACAUGCCUGCUGCACACAGACACAAGGAGUCGCUACCAGGUGCGCCUACCCCCCAAGCUGCCAGGCAUGCACUACAGCGCUGACGAACAGUGUCAGAUCCUGUUUGGAACCAACGCCACCUUCUGCAGCAACAUGGAGCACCUGAUGUGUGCUGGUCUGUGGUGUCUGGUGGAGGGCGACGCAUCCUGUAAGACCAAGCUGGACCCUCCUCUGGAUGGGACAGAGUGUGGAGCAGACAAGUGGUGCAGGGCAGGGGAGUGUGUGAGCAAGACGCCCAUCCCUCAGCAUGUGGACGGGGACUGGAGCCCGUGGAGUCAGUGGAGCAUGUGCAGUAGAACCUGCCGGACCGGAGCCCAGUUCAGGCAGAGGAAAUGUGACAACCCACCCCCUGGUCCAGGGGGUAGACACUGCCAGAGGGCCAGUGUGGAGCACAAGGUGUGUGAGGGCCCCCCCUGCCCCAAGGGGACCCCCAGUUUCAGGGACCAGCAGUGUCUGUCGUAUGACCGCCACAGCAGCAAGAGGAAGAGUGGCGUGUGGACUGCUGUUAUGAACGAUGAGAAGCCUUGUGCUCUGUUCUGUAGCCCUGUGGGCAGAGAUGCCCCGGUCCUGGUGGCAGAGAGAGUGAUGGAUGGCACGCCCUGUGGACCCUAUGAGACCGAUCUGUGUGUCAGUGGCAGGUGUCAGAGAAUCGGGUGUGACGGCAUCAUUGGCUCGUCUGCUAAGGAGGAUCGUUGUGGCGUGUGCAGCGGAGAUGGGCGAUCCUGCAAAAUUGUCAAAGGAGACUUCAACCACACCAAGGGCAUGGUCACCAGUAGGCAGUGUAAGAGGGUUUCUACCUGUGUGAUGGCUAGACCCAGAGCUGUCCCCAAGUGUUUCUCAUGUUACAUUGAGGCGGCAGUCAUACCUGUGGGCGCACGAAGGAUCAAAGUAGUGGAGGACAAGCCGUCCCACAGCUUCCUGGCUCUGAAAGACUCCAGCCGGAGGUCCAUCAACAGCGACUGGAAGAUCGAGCUCCCGGGGGAGUUCCAGCUGGCAGGAACCACCGUGCGCUACGUGAGGAGGGGCCUCUGGGAGAAGAUGUCUGCCAAGGGGCCCACCCAGACCCCCCUGCACCUGAUGGUGCUGCUGUUCCACGACCAGACCUAUGGGAUCCACUACGAGUACACGGUGUCUCUGAGCAGCGGCCAGGAGAACAGCAGCGCCGAGCGGAAGGAGCCGGAACACCUCUACCUCUGGACUCACAGCAGCUGGAACGACUGCAGCGUGCAGUGUGGGGGAGGUGAGAGGAGGACUGUGGUCUCCUGCAUGAGGAUGCUCAAUAAGACCAUGUCCGUGGUCAAUGACAGCCACUGUCACCCUGAGAACCGACCACUCCCCCAAGUACGCCUGUGCAACACCCAUCCCUGCCAAUACCGGUGGGUGACUGGGGAGUGGGGCUUGUGUUCUGUGACGUGUCGGAAGGGUGUACAGCAGAGGGAGGUGGUGUGUGUGUACCAGCUCCAGAACGGCUCCUACAUCCACACCCGGGACCUGUACUGCCAGGGGGGCAAGCCCCCCACCGUACAGGGCUGCGAGGGACGACUCUGCCUCACUGUCUGGGAGGCCUCCGAGUGGUCCAAGUGUUCGUCAGACUGUGGCGUGGGGGUCAGGAGCAGGACGGUGAGCUGCACUAACCCUCAGGGACGCUGUGACCCCCAGUCCAGGCCUGCCGACGUGGAGCCCUGUGAGGACCACUCCCAGUGCUACGAGUGGAAGACUGGAGACUGGUCCAAGUGCUCGUCAUCUUGUGGGAAGGGUCUCCAGUCCAGAGUGGUCCAAUGUAUGCACAGGGUGACGGGUCGUCACGGUAACGACUGCCCGACCAUGUUGAGGCCCCCAACCUACCGACCCUGCCACCAGGGGGCGUGCAACGAGAAGAUCAACAUCAACACCAUCACCUCACCCAGAUUAGCUGCUCUGAGCUACAAGUGUGCAGGUGACCAGUGGACGGUGUACUGCCGCGUGGUCAGGGAGAAGAGCCUGUGUAAGGACAUGAGGUGGUACCAACGCUGCUGUGACACAUGCAGGGACUUUUACGCCAACAAAACGCCACGCAAGAGUUAAUGACCAACACACUCCCCCUGCCACCUAACGCUUUUUUUUUUUGUCUUUUACUGUUACAUGACGUUUUAUUUGUUGUUAUUGCAGUUGUUGUUAUUAUUUUCGUUACUGUUAUUAUGGUUACCAAUAGACGUUUCAAAAAAUCACUUUUACAACACAGAUGUGUGUCUAUGUAAGAUCACUAAGCUUCCAGUUUGAUGAAGACUUGAAAAACAAUAAGCCUUAUGUUGCUGUAAACCAAUGUGUUUGACGUCAGAGGUGGGCUGUCUGGGGGGGCCUGUUCUGUUGUUGGUGUGGGUAGACAUUCAGGGUGAGGUCUCCCCUGUAGUGACCCACGGAGCUGCCCAGGGCUGGGCUGGGGCAGAGCCACCAGCUGACUGCCCUUCAGAACCACACACCCCAUCCUCUGCCAGUUCCCUCACAAACUGUCAUGUUCUAUGUUGUACGUGUUGUGUGUGUCAUUGUUGCUAUUUAAGACUUGCUAUGGGGGGGGGAAUAUAAAUAUGUUGUUUUAAGGUGAGACUACCAAGCUAGCCAGCAGAUCAGUGGAUCUGCUGGAUCCACUGAUCUGAGGGUCUCUGGGAGACUGGGAGACUGGACAACUCACCUGGCACAUAAUAGUAACCUAGAUAUUUGCCUUUUCACAUGAUAAGUUGGACUAAUAGACUGGAGAAGAGCUUUGGGGGAACUGAUGCUGAUCCCAGAUGGGGUAACACUAGGACUCCUAGAGGGGGAGGGAGAGAGAGAGAUUUAACAUACGUGUGGGCUGUCCAUUCUCACACAGGUAGGAGGUGCCCAGAGAUGCGUCAACCAACUGAGCCAUCUGAACUGCAGUGUUACCCUUUCACACACACACACACACACUCUGCUUUACUGCGCAGAUCCUGUUUUGUUAACUCUUAAUAACCUUGACGUAAGCUAAACUCUGGUUUUAAACGGACACUGAUACUAAACAUGGUGCUCUUUGUUACGAACGCAUCUGACUUGUAAUCAAACACACCACAUCUUGUAGCAACAGUAGCACAGUAGCAACUGUGUGUGUGUGUGUGUGUGUGUGUGUGUGUGUGUGUGUGUGUGUGUGUGUGUGUGUGUGUGUGUGUGUGUGUGUGUGUGUGUGUGUGUGUGUGUGUGUGUGUGUGUGUGUAAAA